GUCCUCACAUAUCUCCCAAAUCCUGACUCCAACAGGAGGUGAGAGGAGGUCAUUAAACCCAAACUUAGCCUUGGAACAAGGAGACAAAGAAAGUUAUUAGUCAGGCACAAGGCCUUCUAUGUACAGACUGUGUUGGAGCACUGCCAAGAAAUCAUACAGCAGCAGAGGGCUAAGAGCCUUCACAGCAGGACAACAGGCUAUAGGACCUGGCUUCCAACCCUCCCACCCCCCACCAUAAAAGUUAUUAGUUUGGGCCAUUUAUAUGAAACUAACUAAGCACCCAGCUAGAAUUGUGAGAUUGUGUCUCAGAUUACCUCCCCUUCUUUCCAAGAAGAGCAUUUUCCUGAAUGAGACUUUCCUGCCAUGUUGCCCCGCCUUCUGUUCCUUGGCACUUCCUCCAACAUGACCUUUCUGUUGCAGUUUCACUGCAGUAUUUUCCUGAUGCUGUGGAGAGGCGCCUGGGGGAUUCCAAGACAACUUUUUCUGUUUCUGGCAUACUGUGAUCUCAAAAACGCUUGCUAUAUUUACAUUAAAUUGAAACCCUCGGCAAUGUAACAAUUAAUAUUGCAAUGUAAGACCAGAUCCACGAGAGGGAGAAAGGGCAACGUAACCAGGAAGUCAGCAUGACCAGACUAGACUCCUUGAAGACAGAUUAUUUGCAUUCAUUUCACUUCCAUGCAAUUUAAUUUUAUGUGUUGCAUUGAUUCAUCACUGAAAAUGCAAAUUCCACCUAAACUGAUAUGAAUCUUUGAGGCAGAAAUUCUCCCUCAUUUUGCCAGAGUUCUCUGUAGAUUUUGUUGUUACAACCCAUUCCUUUGUGCUUCUCUGUCCCUUUCUUUCUGUAAUUGUAAAUGCUCUUAUGAGCUACUUGGACAAUGCUCCUGUGGUGAACAGCUCUGGACUGUGCUAACCGUGCACAAUAACAGAAUUCCAGAAAGACCCAGGGAAAGGUACCCUCAGGAAUAUAUGGACAAACUUAACUAUUUUCAUUUCGAUCAGCAACCCAGGACCAUUGCUUGGAAAACUUAAAAGGCCCUGAAAGUAUUUGUACUAGUCUUCCAAAGCUUUUCUAGUCCUGGCAGGUCAGAAGAUACUUGACCUUUAAAAUCAAAUCUCUCUAAUUACUGUAUUAGCUUCCUCCACACUUGAUUCCAAUAUGUCUGUCUUUGGUGAUAUUUCAAACCACAAGAGGAAUGAUUAAUGCAUUGUAUUAUUACUAAAGUGCAAUCUGUGUGCUAGGCCUGGCCUCUGUAGACAUGUAGGAAGAAAUAGCCCCCUAACCUUGCUGAGCUGAUGCUAUAUAUGGACAGUAUACAAAUGGAGAAUGGAGUUGGUUGCAGUGUGGUGGAUAGAGAAGCUUAGUAUGCCACUAAUUUUGCUGGGUGGUCUUUUAUUUAUUAGCACGUGGUAUGCCUUUUGAGAGCAUGGCUCCUGAUCUGUUUUUAUUUCAAAUGCAACCUUGGUCUUUAGUUCUUGCUGCUUUUGAGACAGCAGCUGCCAAAAUCACAUCCGACUGUGAGUAAGUGGGAGGGGGAAAGCAAGUGAUAGUCUCAAUUAUCUGAUUUUUAUCAUUGCGAUUUCAUGACUUGGAUAUUCAUGAUUGCUGUGUAUGCUGUAGAGCUGAGACCCUAAGUUCUUUAGGGAGAUAUUUCUGUUUACAGCGUACGCUUGAAAAUGAAGACUCUGAAUCGGUCCAUAGCAUCUUAAUCUGGUGCUUUUUAGAAGCCUCCCCAGCAGUACAGGUAGCCAUUCUGGACUCUGGUCCACUGUAAUUUUUGCUCCCUCAUUACGUACUAACAUAGACGAAGAUGUAACUUUUAGUAAUGCUCUUGCAGUUACUGACGUGGUCCACAUGCUGUCAUUUAUUGUGUGUCUUUUUGAAGCUGUUUCUGCUGCUGCCACAGCAGUUUGCUUUGAAGAUUCCCCCAAUCUCCAGCAUAAUGCAGCACCUUGUCUAGCAUUAGCAUAUCCUUGCAGGGCAUGGCGGGAUGUGUCUCAAUGUUCUCUGGGCAUGGCUGUGCCAUUCUGCCCAGUCUGACAGCAGUUUCAUCCCAUUAUUUGCCUCUUUCUUUAGUGAUGGUCCCAUCUGUCGAAUCUGCCAUGAAGGUGGAAAUGGGGAGGGGCUGCUUUCUCCCUGCGACUGCACAGGAACACUGGGGACCGUGCACAAGAGCUGCCUGGAAAAAUGGCUCUCCUCCUCCAACACUAGUUACUGUGAGCUCUGCCAUACUGAGUUUGUCGUAGAGAGAAGACCAAGGCCCCUCACAGAGUGGCUGAAGGAUCCUGGCCCUCGUAAUGAGAAGAGGACCCUCUUCUGUGACAUGGUGUGUUUUCUGUUCAUUACUCCCCUGGCAGCAAUCUCGGGCUGGCUGUGUCUUCGUGGUGCCCAGGAUCACUUGCAGUUCAACAGCCGGCUGGAAGCCAUCGGACUGAUAGCACUUACUAUUGCACUUUUUACUAUCUACGUCCUUUGGACACUGGUUUCAUUCCGUUAUCAUUGCCAGCUGUAUUCGGAGUGGAGAAGGACCAAUCAGAAAGUCCGCUUAAUGAUUCCGGACUCCAAGAGCCCUCACCCCGUCCAGCAUUCCCUGCUCUCCACCAAGCUCAUGAAGAAGAAUGCAGAUGAAACAACUGUGUGAGUUAUCCCAGGCCAGAUAUCUUCCGAGUGGGGCAGCUGUGAGCAAGGCGAGCACGAGAGUGGCUUUGCAGGAAUUUCAGACAAGGUGUGUGACAGCUACAGCGACCUGGCAAAACAAUCAUCCCAACCAAAGGGACUUUGCACUCAGCAAGUACUUUAGUUUGAGGCAAACAAACAGAUGAUAAACAUUUGGAUGUGUGAGAUGGCCCCAAAGGGAUCUGAGUCCACAGAGACAGAAAGCCAGAUGUGUUUAUCUGCCAGAAUUCUUUCUUAAAACUAAAUACAUUAUGUGGAAAAAAAUCCCUCUAUAUAGCUAUAUAUAAAUAUUAUUUUUAAUGGCAAUGCAUAUUGUGUUUCAGUCUUUUUGUGUUGAUAUAGACAUUUUUCUAAGCUUCAGUAUAGAAUCUGGCAGCCUGAUCUCAUUCAGAGGCUGAAUCUGUGCCAUUUCUCAAAAUGAGCGUAUAAAGAACUCUUCUCAUUGGACAUUGCUAAAAGUUCCUGUCUCCUUUGCACUAAAUGGAUUUUGAGAUCAUUGCAGCAGGUUUUCUCCUUUGUUUUCUGUAGUGGUGGUAUUGUCCUUUUGGCAAGGUUGUGUGUGCUUUUAAUAAUUAUUAUAAUCCCAGAAGGAGUAAAAUGACAUAAUACUGAAUGGAGACAUUUUGUAUUGUAAAAUACUGUAAUCUUGCAAAUUUCACAAUGUUUCAGAAUAUGAAAACUCUCACUUGAAGCUGUGAGCUCAGAAAAUAUGAAAUUAUCACUUUAUCCCUAGGGCUCUGCUGUGUUCAGCUGUUGGUAUACUAUUACUCCUGCUAAACAUAGCACAGUGACUGACUCCAGGUGCUAAGAUGAGAUGAUCCUAAGAAUCACUGCAUGGGCCAGAGACAGCCCAUUCAGGAGACCCUUAUUUGCUUAAAACCAUCUAAAGACUAAGAGAGGAGCUGUUGCCACCUCCAAAAGAGCAGAGUUGAAUUCUCAGUGGCUAAUGUAUUCUGUUCAUGUUCCCUAAGAUCAACAUGUGCCCUGCAAGAAGUCUGAGAUACACUACCGUUAACUCCUGCAUGUAUCUUACAGGGCAUAUUCAUGUUCUGUAUCCCAAGCAGCAGGGAGGGAAAACCUCAGGACUCCCUGCAUAGUGACCUUCUGUGCACAUAGCCCCUGGGGCUGCUAUUUGGAGAGUCACUGAAAUUGCUGCCUGGACAGUCGAUGGCCCCAGGUAUUUUCAUCAGUUUUCAGGGCUGAAUGGGCUCCUGGGUCACUCUCUAGUCCAGGGCACGGGUUCCUCUUCUUGCCACCCAGUGCAUCCAGUUGCCUCUGCAAUAAAGCUUAGCAAAUGGCCCUUGACACCUUGCAGUGGAAGAUCUGCCAAGGGAUUUCCAGCAACUCUUCGUUCAUAGCUAGUGUAAAUGUUCCUCUUCCUGGCUUUGGCUUUCAGUCCUUGCCUCAUCCUCUUCCACCUCCCACUUCUGUGACCCUCAAACAAUCCCUCCUAUAUUUAAUAUUCUACUGUACACAGUGCCAGUCUGCAGGUGUUCGGUAACCAUGAUCCAGGCGAAUGCGGCCUGGCAAGUGCUCUGAUUAUAGAGAGCUAUUUUGGAGAGCAAUAUUCUGAGAUCCAAAUACUGCAACUAUUAAGGGAAAUAGCAAAGAGUAGGCAGGUUUGAAUUAUAGCCCUGUAUUUGCAUCCAUGCACCAUGAUUCUGAGACUUGAGUUGCUGAACUCAGAGGUGGAAUUUAGCUUGGAUAGCACAGUUCUGGGCCUUAGCCCCAUAGUUCCCAAAUUGCUGGAUUCUAAAUCCAAUGUGCCCUUUUCCGUUCUCUCUCCUGCCUGGCUGAGCUGGAUCCUUUUGCCAGUGCGGCCCCUCUCCCCACCCUGGCUUUCGGUUUGGAUCAAAGUAAAAAAUCCUUGAUGGGCAAUGCUUGCCUAACUGAUCAUGUGAAAUGCUCAGCUCUCUCUCCUGGGGUCGAUGGUACAUGUGGCCAGGGCUUUGCUGUCUGGCUGGCUUCCCUCCUGUGUCUGCCUUGCACUAUUCAUUGGUGAUUGGGCGGUAGGUUACUGUGGGACGUUUUUCACUCUUUUCUCCCAAGGUUUGGUGCGGGUUUGUGCAUGUUCCCAUCACUGAUUGAGGGAAAGUCUCUUCUCUCUCUGAUAGCUCCUUGGUACCUGGGACAAUAGUUCUCUCCUUUGUCACAUCCAUACAGUACAGAGGCUUUGCUCCCCUCCUCCCACUGCUGCCUUUCUCCCCAGCUUCCUAGGAAGGCCCUUGUCUCUUCCCUUCUGCUGGUUACCCAUCAGUCUAGACUCUCCACGGGGGCUGGCAUACCCUGUUGAAUUCCUUACAGCCCUGGUGAGACGGGAAAGGCUCCUUCAGCAGAGGUACCAUCUGAGGGGCUUGUGGGUGGCUGCACAACAGUAAUCAAAAUCUUGGUUGCGUUUGUGCGAAAUCACGAGGAGCCCAUUCAGACUCCUAGCAGCCCUAAGUGCAGCUUCAGGCUGCUCCACAGGUUUGGCCAGGUCUCUCUAGUGCUUUCCAAGAGCCACCUGAACUCACAGACACUGGCUGCUGGGUUAUUGGAAAAGCACAGCCACACUUCCAGGCUUAACUGCUCUUAAGUAGUAGCUGCCUCCCACUCCUUGCUGUUUUCUGCAUUAGUCUGUUGCACAUGCUGCUCCAUUUCUCCCCUGGGGUGUGAGAUCUGGUUACAGCCAUUCACUGUGCAGACACCUGUGUCUUGGGUGCAUUUUUCUCCAAAUGUGUUUCCCCUUUUAUUUGACCUCCCAGAUUCAACCAAUCCCUGGGAGGUGGUUCCUUUGACACAUCUAGCACAGACAUAAGUCUCAAAAUUCAGCUCAUAGUCAUAUGUACAUUCAUGAUAAUAGUAAUGACUCUAAUGUAACCAGUCUUUCAAAUAGAAACCCAGCGUUGAUACAAAUCUGCAACUGUGAAACCUGGGAGUCCCUCUCUCGGGUGAUGGGGGUGGCUGAUCCUCUCCCAAGGCAGUGUAGCUUUCUUUUCUCUCUGCAUCCUUGUAUUUAUAGUACUUUCCAAGUGAUCUGAGUUGUUGCAUGUGCCCCCGUAAAAUGGUGAUACCCACUUUUGAAUUCUCUAGGGCCUCCUCCUUCCCAGCAGAGACAUUUAGCUCUUGUGGAGUCUGGAAAAUCAGCGUCUCUGCUCUCGCACGUUUUAGUGUCCCGGAGGAAAUACACCCUGUGAUUAUGUAAAUAAAAGUGAAACAACUUU